AUGAGAAAUCUCCCGUAUGUUACAUUCUACUUAGCCCUUUUCGUUUUAACUUCGAGGGAAUGCGGCAUUUUAUGUAGUGAAGCUGGACUAAGUAAAAGCACCAACCUAAGAAAUGGAUGUACAAUUAAUAACACAUUGAAGGAUGGAGACCAGACGGAGCUGAAUGAUACCAACCAUGAUGAUAAAGAUUUUCUAAAUGGGGACGAGGACCUGCAGGAAGUAAUUAAGGAAGUACAACUUGUCGGUGGAGAAGAAGAAAACAUUGAGGAGCUUACCAGUACUUCCCAUUCGAAAGAAAAAGAAGGAAAUAUAAGAGGAAGUUAUGUACUUUCAGAUGAUGGUAUAGAAACACCAAGGGAAAAUAACUGGAAAGAGAGCGAUAUGAAUAUGAUGUGGAGCACUGGACCGCUGGACAACAUUUCAACGGACAGUGGACAACAAGGUAAUCAGGGAAUACAGUCCAGUUGGUCCACGUCAUGGGGUACGCCUGGACAGUCGGAAGAAAAAAAAGUAGAAGAAGUGAAAAAUUCUGAGGAACAAAUAACACAUAACGCAUCUUCUGUGUGGGGACGAAAUAAUGAAGGAGGAGAAAGAAACAGAUGGGAAUACGAAGAAGAGAGUGUGCCAACAUGGAAUAAUGUACACGAAACUUUGAAGGUAAAUCCACUUUUAUUUGAUCAAGUUAACGUGGAUGAUGAGGAUGUGUUAUCAAGUGCAGAGAAUAUAGAAAAGGAGAGCCCGUCCAACGAAUCGGCAGAUAAGGACAUCACACAGGAGGAUCAAGAUAAAACUCCAGAAAAUGAACAGAACGCACAAAACGUUGAAGAGAACGUAAAACAACAAGAAGAACAAGAACCCGUGGAGGUAAUACAAAUGCCAGCUAUUGAGGAUCCAGAAGAAGAACAAGAACCCGUGGAGGUAAUACAAAUGCCAGCUAUUGAGGAUCCAGAAAAAGAACAGGAACCCGUGGAAGUAAUACAAAUGCCUGCUAUUGAGGAUCCAGAAAAAGAACAAGAACCCGUGGAGGUAAUACAAAUGCCAGCUAUUGAGGAUCCAGAAAAAGAACAAGAACCCGUGGAGGUAAUACAAAUGCCAGCUAUUGAGGAUCCAGAAAAAGAACAAGAACCCGUGGAGGUAAUACAAAUGCCAGCUAUUGAAGAUCCAGAAAAAGAACAAGAACCCGUGGAAGUAAUACAAAUGCCAGCUAUUGAGGAUCCAGAGGAAGAACAAGAACCCGUGGAGGUAAUACAAAUGCCAGCUAUUGAGGAUCCAGAGGAAGAACAAGAACCCGUGGAGGUAAUACAAAUGCCAGCUAUUGAGGAUCCAGAAAAAGAACAAGAACCCGUGGAGGUAAUACAAAUGCCAGCUAUUGAGGAUCCAGAGGAAGAACAAGAACCCGUGGAGGUAAUACAAAUGCCAGCUAUUGAGGAUCCAGAGGAAGAACAAGAACCCGUGGAGGUAAUACAAAUGCCAGCUAUUGAGGAUCCAGAAAAAGAACAAGAACCCGUGGAGGUAAUACAAAUGCCAGCCAUUGAAGAUCCAGAAGAAGAACAAGAACCCGUGGAGGUAAUACAAAUGCCAGCUAUUGAGGAUCCAGAGGAAGAACAAGAACCCGUGGAGGUAAUACAAAUGCCAGCUAUUGAGGAUCCAGAAAAAGAACAAGAACCCGUGGAAGUAAUACAAAUGCCAGCUAUUGAGGAUUCAGAGGAAGAGCAAGAACCCGUGGAGGUAAUACAAAUGCCUGCUAUUGAAGAUCCAGAAGAAGAACAAGAACCCGUGGAGGUAAUACAAAUGCCAGCUAUUGAAGAUCCAGAAGAAGAACAAGAACCCGUGGAGGUAAUACAAAUGCCAGCUAUUGAAGAUCCAGAAAAAGAGCAGGAGCAGUCACAAAAGGAUGAUAAAGUGCCCAAGGCAGAGGAGAAAGACGGGAAAGAGGAGUGCGCUGAAUUGUCUGGUGACAGUUUUUUUGGAGGAGUGCACAUUCGAGAAUAUAUAGAUAUUGUAGGUAUUAAAACAAGUGCCGAAAAUAUGAUGAAGAAUGUGUUCAGCCUAUUUAGUGGACAAAAUCGGAUUGUCAACAUGUUCAAGGAUUUAGCGGGCAAUUACUCCUAA